UUCUCUUGGGUUUCCUUCCAACAGACGGCUACCUAACAUGGCAAUGGCUCGCCAGAGCUUGAAGCGAGAUCUGCAGCAGCCCAUGCACAACACAGUCGGGGACUGAAAGCUUGCUGAUUGGCUCUAGGAGGAAGAAGCUACUGGAUUUUUAUGGUGCCCUGUCCCCAUGCAUGCUUGGACCCGCUACCUAACGAAAGCUUUUUGCUUUCCUGUCACCCAAAAAAAAAAACCGCAAAGCUCCUCCUUCCUCGCCGAGAUCUACCCCAAAUCCCUCUUCUUCUCCAGGCCACGGGCGCCGGAGGCCGACGGGGCGGCAGCGCAUUGCCUCUGGCUGAUCGACCGAUUUGACCCCGCGCGGCGGCUCCCCGCUUUCCCGCGCUCCCGGGAAUGGGGUCGUUCAGUGGCCACGUGCUGCCGGGGACGCUGUUCCUGGCGGUGGGCCUGUGGCGGGUGUGGUCCGCCGUGUCGCGCUUCGCCGCCGACCCGCCGGCGUUCCGCGUCCGCGCGUGGAGCCCCCUCCCCAAGGGCCCCCGGCUCCUGGAGCUCUACGUGGUGGCCGGCGGCGCGUUCCUCGACAUGUGCCUGGAGCUCGGCGGCGGCGUCCUCGCGGGCCGCGGCGGAGGCGGCGGCGGGGUCGACCCCGCCAGCCUGAUCUACCUCGAGCACGGCGGCAUGCUCCUCAUGUUCUUCCUCUUCGGCGCGCUCGCCCUCCUCUCCCAGAAGACCAGGUACCUGCCGCUGACGGACGGUGAGCUGUGCCUGGUGGCGGCGGCGGCGUUCACGUCGGAGCUCCUCCUCUUCUCCUACCACUCCGGCACCCACAUGGGGCUGGAGGGCUACUACCACCACCUCCUCGUCGUCCUCGUCGGCCUCUGCAUCCUCGCCACCGUCCUCGGCGCGCUCCUGCCGGCGAGCUUCCCCGCCGACCUCGCCGCCGGCGUGCUGAUCGCGCUGCAGGGGCUGUGGUUCUACCAGACAGCGCUCUCGCUGUACGGGCCCAUGCUCCCGGCCGGGUGCGCCCUGGACGCCGCCGAGCGCAGCCGCGUGGAGUGCCGCAGCCGCGCCGCCGAGGAGCGCGCCGAGCAGCUGGCCAACCUGCAGCUGUUCGGGGCCGUGUUCCUCGCCUUCGUGUACGCGCUCGGGUGCUACGCCGUCGCCGCGGCGAGGCACGGGCACCCGGACCUGGCGGCGAUGCACGACGAGCACGUCGCCGCCCUCGAGUGCCGCGGCGGCGGCGGUGGCGCCCGUGCCCAGGAGGAGUGCGCGAUCUAGUGGCAGCUGGUGCCGUUGUUCCUCCUGGACUUUUGGUGCCGGACUGCCGGUGAGGCCAGCCAGGGUCGGGUAUCGGCAGGAAGGAUGCUGUGGCUUGCCGCCGGCGCUUCGGGGCCGUGCGGCUCUGUUGCUUCGGUUUUCUACUCUCAAGACCGUUGUUCUGUCGGUUGCGAUGAACCAUCUGUUCUCAGUAGAGUAGCAACUUGCUGAACAUUGUGUGAUAUGUUCUUAGCUGUUCUCAGUAGAGUAGCAACUUGCUGAACACUGUGUGAUAUGUUCUUAGCAUGGUUUUAAAUCGCCGGCUAAGUCGUUUAGCGACAGAGCUACUAUUACGGCGUUUAGCAGGCUAUAGCUAGUUUUAACGGGCUAAAUGUCAUAACGACUGCCAUUCGCUAUUCUUAGCA